GUUGGGUUUCCCGAAAAUGCACGUGACCGCAAUGGCUGCUGCUCUCUAAGCCUUGCAUCCAUUUGCGCGGCUCCGUGAACACCAGUUUCUUUGCAGAAAACUCGCAGAGCUCUUGUCAGACUCACACCGUCUGACGAAGCAGACCGUCCUAUACCGGGCCACUCCUCGUCUAAGGACUUCGGAAAAGAAGCACAGGACAAAACAUAAAAGGCUCGGUUCGGGACUUCCACCAACCAACACGUCGGUAGGAGGAGUCAACAGCAGACGAUGCCUCAGAGUGAGUGAUGCACUCCCGACAUCCCUCAUAACCGAGGUUGGCAUUUAGAGCUUUAAAUGUUACCCUCUGCUUUCUUCUCAUGCAUCACCGUUAUGAGCCCAUAAUACCAGCUGCUCCCCAUCCCACAUCAUAUUCCCAGGCCAAUGUUACCGCACCGCUCAGGCUUCAAAUGCCAACCAGAUGCCUAUGUCACUGCCAUGGCAGACCACUGCUUUUGGAGGUUAAUAGCAGCCUGACACAGCUGUUUCGGGGUUAGGGCUUCGCCACGGUGCAAGGAGGAAGGUUGCCAGUCCGCUACAGGUGCGUUGCCGAGACUGAAAGUGAGUCCACCGCGGCGAUUAGGGGCUGACCUGGGGCAAACCGGGCUACGGUGAGAACUAAAACCAGACGUCAUCAUAACGAUCCUCCUCCUCCACUCCGUCAUGUUGUUGUAUGAGCUCUGCUGAGUCACUGGAGAGAGAGAGAGAGAGAGAAGCUGUUAUCAUCCAAUCAUCCCAAGGCCUGAGAAGUCUAUCCAAUCCCAAGGGGUCUGGAGUCCAUUGGUGCCAGAUGAUUCUGCCUAGCGACCUCCCUUAGUAUUUAUGUAAUUGGGUGUUUCAAUCAUGGUAUAAAGCUUAGUGGCCUAGUCUACCUCUAUCUAUCUCAGUGGGACGCUCUUCACAACAAGGCAGAGGACCAGCCUUUUGGAAGAGUAUAGCCUAUAAGUUUCUCUGAAGUGUCCACCUGGAACAUCAGCAUAACCGAGCAGCUCCAUUUCACACACCUACCCAAAUCCCUGUUGUUGUCCACCAUCACACACCACCACCCACCUCUUCUUAAUUCAUUGGAUUACGUCGUCACCGGCGGUUGAGGUUGGGGGGGAUGUAGACCGACAUCGCCACGGAUACCUACAGGAGACUCUUUGGACUCGGCUCAAGAUCCGCCGAGCAGAACAUGGCGGGCAAGGGUAACCCCCGCCACCCCCCGGGGGGGCCAGGGAGUGCGGGGGGCCCCACUGUCUCUUUGGGGGGAUUCCCCAUGCCUCACUACUCCUACUUCUUCCCCCACAUGCUGGGGGGGCUGUCCCCUCCCACCCUCUCCGGACUGCCCGUCAACGGAUACAGCACCCCGUCGCCAGCCACCAUAGAGACCCAGAGCACCAGCUCGGAGGAGAUAGUCCCCAGUCCUCCCUCGCCGCCUCCUCCCCCGCGAAUCUACAAACCCUGCUUCGUUUGUGCGGACAAGUCCUCAGGAUACCACUACGGAGUCAGCGCCUGCGAGGGCUGCAAGGGUUUCUUCCGGCGAAGCAUCCAGAAGAACAUGGUGUACACCUGUCACCGAGAGAAAGGCUGCAUCAUCAACAAGGUCACCCGCAACCGCUGCCAGUACUGCCGCCUGCAGAAGUGUUUAGAAGUGGGCAUGUCCAAGGAGUCGGUGAGGAACGACAGGAACAAGAAGAAGAAGGAGGAGAAGAAGCCAGAGUGCACGGAGAUCUACGUGCUGAGUACCGAGACGGAGCAGAUGAUCGAACGCGUUCGCAAGGCCCAUAAGGAGACUUUCCCCUCGCUCUGUCAGCUGGGCAAAUACACCACGAAUAACAGUGCAGAGCACCGCGUGGCUCUAGACGUAAACCUGUGGGAUAAGUUCAGUGAGCUGUCCACUAAGUGUAUCAUCAAGACGGUGGAGUUUGCCAAACAUCUGCCAGGCUUCACCACCCUCACGAUCGCUGACCAGAUCACCCUGCUCAAGGCUGCCUGUCUGGACAUACUGAUUCUGAGGAUCUGCACGCGCUACACUCCAGACCAGGACACCAUGACCUUCUCAGACGGGCUGACCCUGAACAGGACCCAGAUGCACAACGCAGGCUUCGGCCCGCUCACAGACUUGGUGUUCGCCUUCGCCCAGACACUCCUCCCUCUGGAGAUGGACGACGCCGAGACCGGCCUGCUCAGCGGCAUCUGUCUGCUGUGUGGAGACCGUCAGGAUCUGGAGCAGGCAGACAAGGUGGACUUGCUACAGGAGCCCCUACUGGAGGCUCUGAAGAUCUACGUGAGGAAGAGGAGGCCUCACAAACCGCACAUGUUUCCCAAGAUGCUGAUGAAGAUCACGGACCUCAGGAGCAUCAGCGCCAAGGGAGCGGAGCGAGUGAUCACUCUGAAGAUGGAGAUCCCAGGCUCCAUGCCCCCUCUCAUCCAGGAGAUGCUGGAGAACUCAGAGGGUCUGGAGGGGCAGGGGGCCAGCGGGGGCCGCUCCAGCGGAGGAGGGGCCCCACCAGGCAGCUGCAGCCCCAGCCUGUCCCCCAGUUCAGCUCGCAGCAGCCCCCCUGCACCCUCCCCUUAGACGGGGGUCCACCACCACCCCCCAGACAGGGACAGCCAGAAGGCGUGACUACAGACUCCCACACUGUGACAAACCAGGCCAGAGUGGAGUGGGGUUAGGAAGAGGGCCAAGCCUGGGCCCAACCAAGAUGGACUUUGACACUUUGGGGGCAAACGUAGGCCUCGAUGGACAGCCGUACCCCCACUCCCCCUAUCUCAGACCCAGACCGGGCACCGAAACGGGGCCGGAACCGACCCCAUCAUACUUGACUGAACAAUACGGGGGGCGGGCGGGUGGGCAUCUCACUUUGAUGGCACUAUCCCCAUCACCCCCCCACCACAACUAUAGACAUGCCUCAGAACCAACACCAGGGAACGGCUGCCCCGCCGCGCAAGGAGUUUAAUCUGAGGUGUUCUGUUUACUCUCCUCAGUGACGACUCUGUGUUCCUCCUCUCUCCCCCUUAAGACAUUGGAGAGGAAUUCGGGCUCGGUGCCCGUCAGACCUGGGGUGAAGGGGUCGACAAGACACACGUCUUUCUGCAGGGAACUAGACAGACAGACGGACAGCUUGACAUUGGGCACGAGUCAUCCCUAAAUGUUGUCAGGGACAGCAAACGGGGGGGGGCCCGAAGGGGGGUGCCUGCCUCACCUUCUCCUAUACAAGAGACUGAUUUUUUUUUUCUUACAAAAGAUAUAUGGAAAUAUAAAUAUAUAUAUUGAAAAAGUAAUGAUUGCAAUUUGAAUUAUCCUCGGUGGAAUGAUGCAUAAAAGAGGAGUUGCUAUCUUUUUUUCCCAAAUGUUUUCCCUCACUGUUCUUUCGAACUUGUGAUCCUCCGCCCCACCUCCCCAGACCUAGUGUUUUGUUCUCUCCGUUUCACCCAGGAACAUCGGCACACUAAGUAGUCACAGUGGAAAUGUGUUUUUUUUUUCUCUCCUCUAUCAAAUCAAUAGAUAAGUAGAACAAAAAUGAUUUUCAGAUGCAAUUCACUUUAUGCACUAGACCUCUUGCACUGUCAUGUUCACAGGUUGGAUCAAAUUGAUACACAAAACACAAAUUGGACCAGGUUGGGUUGGCAUCUCUCUGUUCUGUUCUGUUCCGUUUACAGUAUUUAGUUUUUUUUUCGUGGGUGGAAAAGAAAAGAAAACAUAGUGGCUCUAAUGAUCCAGAGUCAAGUCGUUGUGGAGUUAUGAAGAUGCUCUGUGAGAUAAUAGCAGCCGCGACAAAAUGUACAUCAGAUGUGUUCCUUCUUUUUAAAAGUACACGGAGUCUAGACCUUUUUUUGACAUUGUCAAAGCCUUUUAUGUUCAGCUUUUUUGUUCUCGUUUUGGUUUCUGCAGUGAAGGCAUUGAUCACUAAAUCGACUGUUUAGACCACCUAAGGAAGGGGCUGACUUCUAGGACCACUACAGCCGUUGACAACCAGUAAAGAGUUACAUUUCGACUUCACCUGAAAUAAAAUGGAAAGAUUUACGACAAUUUGUUGACCGACAACUCCGGGAUCCCCUUCUCCCCCUCUUUUCCCAAGGUGGUCCCUCCCUCAUUCCACGUCUGGAUAGUGUAUGUGUUUACCCCCCCUAACACCACUGCCUCUGUGCACGUUCUCAAUAUCUAUGCCCCCCCCGUCAGUCCCAAAAUGUCCCACGUUACCAGUAUGCUCACAACACCACUGCCUACAUGUUCCCCAUCUCUCUCUAGCCCCCCCCCACCACCACCACCACACAACACAACAGCACUGCCUCUCUAAGUCUGUUUCACAGUAUCAGCACCUCUCUCUCUUUAUCUAUCAUGACAACGCAACUGCCUCUGUUUUACACACUAUCAGUAUUUAUCUGCCUGUCAUCCCGGACUCUUGUGACACAUCCGAGUACCUAGCUGUUCCCUAGCCUGGCCUUGAAUCAGUUUGUGCUGUCUCGCCAAUGCAUGACAACGAAACAGGAGUGGGCAAGACCGCACAAACUGUUCUGGUAUCAGGCGAGCUAUUCGCCCCGCUCUCUAACCGCUGUUUACACACUAGUGUGACUUACACCCACCCAUCUCCUUUCCCCCCCACGACGCCACUGCCUCUGCUGUUCAGUAGCAGUGGACCUGUCCUUCACAACGGAUCGAACGGGGCCAACCUCACUGCAGCCAGAAUGACAACGCACAACUGCCCCCCCCCCCCCCCCCCCCACUCUCACUUGUAAUACAAUCGGAUGCACAACCAGCAUUUGCGGAUUAAAUAAAUAAAUAACUGUUUUGAUUAUGCCAGAUCAUUGGACGAAGAGAAUAAUGUUUAAUAAAGAACCAUGUCUGUG